AUGUUCAAAAGUGCAUCUUUUGAUCAAAUAGACAAGAUUUAUAAUGGAGACGAAAUAACUGAAGAGUAUGAACAUAAAGUAAAUACCGAUGAUAUAUUUCGAACUGAAAAGUGUGAAUAUAAAGUAAAUGACAUAUCUCUACCUAAAAUAGAACCACUUUAUCCUGGUACAGCUGACUUAAGCGAUGGUAUAUCGAGUAUUGGUGAAAUGGUAUCACCAAUACCUUUUACUACACCAUAUAAAGUGAAGGAUCCUAUUAUUGUACUUGAAAAGUGUGACAAAAUAUGGGAGACAUUACAAGUAAUAAAAAAUACACAAUGUAGAGGAAAAACUGAUACAUCUACUGAAUUACCAUCAGAAACAACAUCAAAAUCACUAUAUGUUGAAUACAAUCCAGUAUUAGGUAAUAAUAACUCUGCGCUACCAAAUUUUAAAUUUUCUGUGAAAACUAAAAAGAAGUUAUUUUGUUGUUCAACAUGUGAGAAGCGGUAUACUAGAAAUAACCACUUAAGAUAUCAUUUAGAAAGGGCACAUGGUAUUCUUGUACCACCAAAACGAAAUAGGAAUGUUAUUUUAACCAAGAAAGAUAUUGAGAAAGAGAAAGAGCCCAAUAAUGUUGUGAAAGAAAAGGACAAUUCUGAGAAGGUUUAUUUGAAAAAGGGUGAAAGUAAACAGCAAGCAAGUGCUUCAUUACAAUCUUCACCAACAUCAGUAAUAAAGUGUAAUAUAAGUAUAUCAAAUAGCUAUAUGCAAAGAAGAAAGAGAAAUAUUUUAAGACGUAACAGUGACCAAAUAAGUGAAACUGUAAAAAAGGGGCGAGAAAGAAAAGUAUUAAACAAAGAAUUAAAACAAAAUGAAAAAUCAGUUCCUUCACAGCAUGAGUUAGUUUCAUUAAUGUGUGUAUUGUGUAAACAGUCUGUAAAAAAUUUGAGAAAACACUUAAUUGAUUAUCAUAAAAUUGAAUCUCCUGAUUUUAUGUUGAAGAACUUAAACGACACAUCUACCCCAUCAGGAAGUAAGGAGUCAAAAACAUUGCUCUCUAAUAGUAAAGCCUUAAAGAAAAAUCCAACUACCCAAGAGAAGGGUUCCUUACAUUUUCAGAAGAAAAAUAAACGAAAAUCAAAUAUGUCAUAUGUAAAUUCUAGUAAAAGAUGUAAACUUAAUAGUAAUAAUAAGGGGAAAACGGGAAAUCCUGUGGGAAAUAACAGACACCAAUGUGAAAUUUGUUUUGGAAUUUACACACUACGAAGUUACAGGAGACAUAUACAAACCCAUCGUUCACGAGGAGAAACAAAAGAGAAUUUUCAUUUAUUUAGUUGUAAAUAUAUUAAUUCCCCAUUAUUCCAGCAUACACUCAAUAUCAGCAAUACAUUCGUUAAAAAUAGAAUUAAUUUAAAACCUGGAGAUAAAGAUGAUUCAAAUUUAUCUGAGGACAAAGAAAUAGAAAGGAUAAUUCUGCAAAAUAAUCAGGCAUCACAUGCAGGAUAUAAUGGUCAACAAGAAACUAUCUGUUCUUGUGGAAGGUCAUUUCGUAAUCCUCAUACAUUGUUUAUGCAUAAAAAGCAAUGCAGGAUUUUAACUGAUGAAGAAAAAGACUCAAGUACAGAUAGUGCAAGUGAAUAUGAUGUUAAAAAAAAUUGUUAUGAUAGAGAUUCUGGAAUUGGGAUUAGCAUAACCAUAAAGAAAAAGAACAAUUCUUAUGAAAUUAUUGAUAAAGAUAAUAAAAAUGAAACUAAAUUUGAGGAUACCAGUCUUUCAAAAGAUGCUUACACAUUAUCACAUACUUCUAAGGAUUAUACACAAAUAAAAUCACAAAAUCAUCCAUAUGAAGAUCUAGAAUCUUCUGAAUACAGUGAAAACUACAGCAUUUUAAAAAUUCAGUCUACUGAUGAAGAUAUUGAUAUUGAUAUAGAAGAGGAUUCACAAACUAAUUCUUCCAAUAAUGAUAUUACCAGUUCAACAAGUAAAAUAAAUGACUUGCACAAAGAAAUUAAGAAAGAAGAAAUAAAGGUAGACCAGAAUGACAAAUCGUUUGGGGAGAAUGUUAAUUCCGAGGUUUUGCAGCAGAAACUAAGGAACCGGUACCAGUUUAAUCUGAAUAAAUUAAAUUCUAUUCAAAAACGCAAUAAUUGUGUAUGUGGUCGUACAUUUUAUACUAGAAAAGCUCUUCAGGUUCACAUUACCAAACAUGAUACAAGUUCAAAUUUAACAUGUGGGUACUGUAAAGUUAGCUUUGCUAAUGUCAUUGCAUGGAAUGAACAUGAAUGUUCUAUUAGUAAGGGAAGAAAGUUUACUGAUAUACCAAUGGAAAUAACUUGCUGUUACUGUAAAGAGACUGUGUACACGUAUAAACAAUUUGAUGAACACAUGACGGUCAAGCAUUUGGGUUCUGAACUACCAUAUCAAUGUUUUCUAUGUACUAGCCGAUUUUCAAAUGCUACAUUUCGAAAAAUACAUUAUUAUAAAGAACAUCAGGUAACUGCUUGUUCUCUUUGUAACUAUAAGUGUUAUGAUAUGAUGAAGUCCAAACACAGAGCCUAUCAUUAUGGACUUGGAUUUCCUUGCCAUGUUUGUAAAAAAACUUAUUCUACUGGAAGAGCCUUAAUAAGACAUGAAUGGAAAGUACAUCCUAGAAGUAAAAUAUCUAAACCAUUAUUAAUACAUAAUAAAAAUAUUGAAAUAGAAAGUUAA